AUGGAUUCGAAGGCCCAUCUCGUCCGCCACGCAGAAUCGGUCCACAAUGUCACUCACGACUUCUCUCAGUUGGAUCCUGAUUUGACCCCUCUUGGCCUUCGACAGGCCACAGGGCUCGGCCAGCUAUUCCCCUACGCCCCCCAGGUGGGUGUCAUCAUCACUUCUCCACUAAAGCGAGCCGUCCAAACUACCCUCACUGCUUUUCCACACAUCCUUGAUAAGCGGUAUUUCGACUCCGAAUCUGGGCACGGGGUGGAGGAUGGCGCAGCUCUCUUCCUGGACCCCGAUUUGCAAGAAAGAAGUGCCCUCCCCUGUGAUACGGGGUCCCCAACUAAGGUCUUGGAAGCGGCUUUUCCGAGACUAGGUUUUCAGGAUUUGGCUGAAGGUUGGCAAGUGAAAGAGGACCUCUAUUCUGCAGCCGACGAAGCUGUCGAGGAGCGGGCACUGAGGGUGAGAUCUCGUAUUGCCGCGAUCGGCCAAGAUCUUCAGCACCAACGGCGGACGGACGUUGUGGUUGUGACUCACGGGGUGUUCAUGAAAGUCUUGUUGGGAGACCCAGACAUUGAUUUGCCGAAAGCAGGCUGGAGGAGCUAUGCCGUUGGGACUCACAGCUCGGGUGUUAUUCUGUCGCCUCUCGAGUGA